UAUUUAAAAAAAUUGAUAUCUUCUACUUCUUAAUUACUACGUAUUUUAUCAGAAAUUGUAAAGAAACUUUGGCUAUAAUAGUUACUGCAGAAUAUUAUUAUUAUAAAGGUAUAAAUAUUAUGGCUGCAGUAAAAUCUUUGAAUCAAGGACAUUUUUGACCGAAUUAUCUUGCUAUAAUUUUUUUACGUUUAAAAUUAUGAUUAUGAAAGAAUAACAUAAAACUACUAAUCAGAUUUCAGUGUCUUUACUAAAAUGAUAGAGAAAGACGACGUUUUAAGUUUUAUUAAUCUAAACACUACAACGUUCAAACGUUGGCAAAUAUUAUUUGUCUAGAAUUUCCAUCGGAUAUAUAUUUGUAAACAAAAAGUAUAUUCAUAAAUAUUCAUUGUUAAUGCAUAAUUUCUGCAAAAGACCGCUACUUUUUCGAUUUAAAUGAAAUAUAUACAUACGAAAAUUAAUUAUUAAACGAUAUGAAUCGUAAAGCGUAAAGAUCGAUUAUGCAAUCAAUAGUUUUAAAGAUAAUUGUCCAAUACAAGACAAUAUGAAUAUAAAGAAAUUUAAAUACGUGUUGGUUCGACUAGUCACACCGAACGAAAUACCGGUUUCUUGUAGGAUAGGGAAGUGAAUCUCUUAAAAAAUUACGAAUAAAGAAGCUGAAAUUAUUUAAGAAAAAUGAUGAGGCUGUUAACACAUUAAUGCACUAACCUAUGUCUUGAUACUAUUUGAUAUGAACAUGGCAAAACAAAAAAUUAGAAAAAGAAUAGAUAAUUGCACCUGAUGGGCUAAGUGAUCGUUGCUAACAUAUAAACACGCAGAAUGUGAGUGUAAAAUCUUAGUCGAUUAUUCAACAAGCUGACCAAUACGUGAUGUACAAAAAAAUUUGCAGUGAGGCGAGACAUGAAUACAAAUACCAAUCUAAUUUUAACCUGAAAAAAUAAUUAUUAAUAUUAGAAAUAUAGUGUCUUAUCGGUGUUAGUAUGGACAUUUUAGAUAAUAUUACAUUUAUUAAUAAAAUAUAAGAAAAUAUUUCUUUUUUCAUAUGUCAAUAUGAACUUUCCGUUACCGAAGCUCAAAGUUUAAGCUAUCAUAUGUUUCAAAUGCUCGUUCUUUUGAAAUAUACAUUUUUGUCUUCUUUUCUGUCAAUUUGAUACGGGGUGAUAAAAGAAACAUCAAUAACUUUUAAAAUAGAUAGUACUCAUCAAAUACUGUCAAAAUUUUAAUAAACAACGAGAUUACAAGAAGUCCUUUGGGAAGAAUGAAGGUCUGAGUGGCCAGAAUAGAAGAGGCACGGCUUUCCUCGCACGGACAGCCGAUUCUGGGCGUACUAUUUAUUGUCGAGAGUGAAUGAGAUGUGCCGAGAGCAAGAAAGAGAAUACAACAUAACGACGAACCUCGAAACAUUGGCGUACUCUCAGCUCUUUUACUUUUAACACUCAAUCAGCUGAUCGACUGCAUGUACACAUUUACCUAAUGCGGACUAGUCUUUGUAUUUAAAAGAAAGUUAAUAGUGUUUUACUAAAAUACUUAUAACGGGUUCAAUAUACAACAGAUUUAAAUGAUUCUAUUUUUACAUUUUGCUAUAUAACAUGUAUAAUAAUUUCAUACAUUAUACAGCGCCUUCAGUACGCACAAAUAAAAACAUGUAUAAUAAUUUUUACCUUUAAUAAUAAUUUUGCAUGGGGAUGAGACUGUGGUUUCGCUAGUAACAGUUCAUUGACAGCAACGAAGAACAAAUAAAAAGACACUGACAAUAGUUAACAAAUACCAAAUAAUGGGUAACAAGGUCGUAGGAUUGAACAACACUACGAUAAACUAAAAAAAGUGGUAGAAGCCAGGAAGGUGAUGGUAGGCGUCAACGUACUGAAGAAAAUCUGCGUGGUGGACACACCAAGAAAUUGGCCUCCGAAAAUUUCGCUUACUCUUCAAGGACAAGAGAGAAAAUUUUUCUCUAAAACGUAGAAAGAAACAAGCGCAAUGACUAGCAUUCUGGAAAACCGAUGUUCAAAGCGUUUUACGGUCCCGCGGAACGCGGUUACUUAAAUGAAAAAAUAUUAAUUAUAUAUUCAACAACAAACACAAGAUAUUUAUAAAAUUAAUAUGAUAUUAUUACAGUGGAUAGAAUAAUUAGAAACCAAUAUUGUGCCAAUAUUGCGACUUACUCGGUAUAAGUAUGAAAAGGAUCAACGUCCUCCGCGUUGUUCACGAGAUGAGCCUUGAAUGAAAUCAUUUUAUUUCAAAUUUCAACAAACCGUUCCCUUCGAGUCAAGGAUUUUCGGUUGAGGCUAUCAACACUUCAAGAAUGGCGUCGAUAUAGUUUAUCCCAAGGAUUACGGGCUCGGCCGAUUGAGAGAAGUUGGUAAACGCAGAGGCAUUUCCUGGAGGAACAGUUGCAAGAGUUGAAACAAAAAUUACCUUGCGCGUUAAAACUGCAUAAAACAGUCGUAAGACCUACGAUGAUGUACCCACAUAGGUCCCUCAUGAAAUCGGGGAUAAUACUACGUGUAUUGUAUGACGUCAGAACCACCUAAAUGGCCGACUUCUCGGAACAGCAGAUGUGGGGACUGGCAGUCCUCCCUUAAGACCCCUCUUGCCCCUGCACUGAUCGAGUGACUUCUUUUGAUCUCAUCACAAUGCAUCAGUAUCUGUAAACAACCAUAACCAUAGUUGCAAGUUCGUCGCUUCGGUAACACUUUACAUCAAGUUUCACAAAAUGGAAACAUCAAGACAAGGGCAAAAGAUUCAUAGCCAAGCACGAACCAUAGUGAAAAGGGUAAAACAGAAAUGCGAAGAGGAAACAUUAAAGGGUGAUUUGUUACACCCAUUACAUAGUCCAAAUAUUCGAGUAGCAGAGUAUACUGGAUUAUCUGUACGCACAAUUUGUAGAAUCAAGAAUGAAACAUCUAAUUCAGAAGGAGUUGUUUCAUCACCCGGAAAGAAACGAUUAAAAGAUGCUGAACCUGAGUUCCACUGUACUGAAAAAGAUAAAAUGUUAAUAAGAGAUACCAUUUAUAAGAUUUAUAAGCGGGGAAGAGUUGUGACAUGUGGCCCGAAAUUACUGAAAGAAAUCCGUGAACAAAUGAAUUUCCCGUGGGAUGUUGUCAUUUUACGUAAAUUAUUGAAAAGCAUGGGAUAUGAAUGGAAAAAAUAUAACACUUGGAAAAGGAUAUUAAUUGAGAAACCAAGGAUAGUGGCCUGGAGGGGUAAUUAUUUAAAAGCAGUACAAUCUCAUAGGAUGGAAAAUAGGAAUAUUAUUUAUAUUGACGAAAUAUGGGUAAACAAUACUCUGAAUUUUGGGAAGUAUUGGCAGAGUGAAGAAGAAUUCGGGGUAUCGAAAAAUACUAGUUCAUCGGAACGGGUAAUAAUCGUGCAUGCCGGAGGACAAAACGGAUUUGUCCCCAAUGCAGGAUUAAUUUUUAAAACUGAUAGUGCCACUAGCGAUUACUAUGGGCAAAUGGAUGCUGUGAAUUUUGAAAGCUGGGUUGUAGAAUUAUUAGUGCCAAAUAUUCCACCGAAUACGGUGGUGGUAAUGGAUAGUGCGCCGUAUCAUUCUGUUGAGAUGAAUAAAGCACCUAACAAAUACGCAAAAAAAACUGACAUGCUAAGUUGGCUUGAACAGAAUAAUCUUCCACAUAAAGAAAAGAUGAAGAAGUAUGAACUAGCGGAAUUAAUAGCUCGACAUAAACCAGCAAAAAAAACAUACAAGGUAGACGAAAUAUUAAAAUCGUAUGGACAUUCCAUUUUACGAUUACCGCCUAAUAUGCGCGAAUUAAAUCCAAUUGAACAAGCCUGGGUAAAGAUAAAACGAGCAAUCAGCGAAAACAAUAUUUUUUCAACGUUAACAUUAGAUGAAUUACAGUCUUUAUUGCCAGAAGCAAUAGAUAGUGUAACAGCAAGUGAUUGGGCAGAAUUCUGCAAACAUUCUGAACAAAUUGAAAAGGAAUAUAUAGAUAAAGAUAAUUUAUUAGAAGUAGCCAUGGAAAAUGUAGUAUUAACUCAUUCAGAUUCAGAAAAUGAUGAUGAUAGCAGCAGUUCAGAUGAUUUCUAGAAAGAGAUAGUGUAAACAGUUCUAUUUAACUUUAAUAUUGAUUUUUAACUAUUGUAUCUGUAGUAUGAAUCUUCUGAAGAAGUCAUCACUGGCUUUGUCAUUGUAUUCUGAAUUUGUAUUUUCAAACAUAAGCUAUCCAUGGUGGGUUUCAAUAAAGUAUCAUUUUACAAAUAAUUCUUCAACCCAUUUGAUAUUUUUAAAAAUUUAUGUUCUUAAUUGUAAUUUCAUCUUUUGUUGCUUUCUUUAGUGUUUGUAGUUCUUUAAAUAAUGACUUGGAAAGUAAUUUUCAUAUUUUUUUGUUUAUGUUCACUUAAAGGAAUUUAAUAGGUAAUACACAUAUAUGGUGGUAAUCUAUAACUGUCGUAUUUGAUUAUUGUUUUGUCUAUUUUAUUGGUUUCUCUUAUAUGUUGUGCUAUUUUUGUUAUUUAUAAUAUGAUUCAUAUUUUGUUAAUAAUUUUGAACGUGUUGUGUUAUUUUGAUCAACUCAAUAUUUUUUGUUGAAAUAUUUUAAUGGUGGUUUAAUUGUUUAUAUGGAAUGAUAUGGAAAUAUGGUAAUUACUGUCAAUCUAUUUGGUAAUGACUUGGUAAUAAUUUUUCUAAUAUCUCUUUUUAUUAAUUCUUAAUAUUCUUCAUCUGUGUUUCUUACCAACAUGAACAAUUAUAAGCUAAAAAAAGAGCUUGCAUUUUACAAUUCACCAAUCAUUUCAUCACCUUUCCAACAUGUUCAAAAACAUUGUAUAUCAUUGAACCAUAUUUAGUAGAUAUAAAUAAUAUUUUGAUAUUUUCUUCUGUGAUGUUCAGUCGCAUUUAAAUAUUUCUCCCUCUUUCCAUCACUUUAUUAAAUGUGGAUAAUUUUCAUAAGAAAAUAAUUUUCUCAAGGAUAGCAAUAAAAAUUAUUGAGAUACUUAGCACAAUCUUUCUUAAAUAUAUAAUUUAACAAGAGUGCUUCUUAUUAUCAUCUCCAAAGCAGUGAAAUCAUCUUGUAAUACUUUUUAAUUGUUAUUCCAUAUCAAUGGAACUUUUCUUCUUGCACGAGACUUUGUUUUGUUUCUGUUAAGUGAUGCUACAAAUAUCCAGUAUAUCAGCAGCAUGGAUGUUCAGUUUAUCUAUUGGGUGAAGUUAAUAUAUUUCUGUCUGUGUCCUCAUCAAGUUUCUGUAAUUCUUUUUCACCAUGGGUAAUGCUUGGUUAUGAGCUAAUUGUGCCUUUUUAUGUGUAUGUAACUUUUUGUUAUGCUUAAUGUAUGACAUAUGUUUAAUAAUGUAAUGCAAAACUUAUUGCUACACUUAAAUGGCACUCAUAUUUUAAUUACAUUAAAUUAUAAUAAAUACUACAUAAACUAAAAGUGUACUGUUUACAUAUAAAAGUAUCUCCAAAACUCAAAAUGAGAGGUAAAUACUAAAACUAUACAAUGGAGAAAUGCUCAACAAUGUCUAAGUAGACUGUUUU